AUGGCGCCCGCCUCCAACACUGUAUCGCCGCUUAUGCCGCGGUCCCCUUCUAAUAUCAAUGCAAAUAUGUCGCCAUCCAGAGCAAAGCUGUUGGCCAUGCGAAGCACAACGUCAAAACCACAUACUGUGCAAGCAGUGCCACCACCUCCUAAACCAAGUGCUGACUUCGACAUGGCUGAACAAAUGAACCAAGAAAUCAGCAACAAGUAUGUCAAAGGCAAGAAACUAGGUGAAGGUACCUAUGCCAUUGUCUACAAAGGGCAUCUACGAUCAGAUCCACACAAACUAGUGGCAAUCAAGAAAUUCAAAGUCGACCCUUCGCAACAGAGAGAAGGGUUGAACGUCGACACUAUACGAGAAAUCAAGUAUCUGCAGGAAAUCUCGCACCCUAGCAUCGUUGCCCUGUUAGAUGUGUUCUCUUCCAAGGACCAAAACAUCAACAUGGUCAUCGAGUACUUUCCCAACGGCAAUCUCGAAGAACUCAUCCGCGACAAAACUGUGAGUUACGGAGCUGCGGACGUCAAAGCCUGGAUGGGCAUGCUCUGUCGGGCCAUCUACUACUGCCACUCGAACUUCGUCUUGCACCGAGAUAUCAAGCCUAACAAUCUACUCAUUGCUGCCGACGGAGAAGUUAAACUUGCCGACUUUGGUCUCGCUCGUUCAUUUGGAGAUCCACGGUAUCAGAUGACUUCUAAUGUCAUCACGUUGUGGUAUCGACCUCCGGAAUUACUCUUUGGGGCACGACAGUACAGCGGCGCCGUUGAUAUGUGGAGUAUCGGCAUGGUAUUUGCGGAAUUACUCAUUCGCAGGCCUUACGCCGCGGCAGAUGUGGCUAAUCAGGAAGUCCUGGCGACAGGAGGGGGGACCGUCGCACAGCUUGACAAAAUCUGCGAAGCCGUGGGGACACCCAAUGAGGACAACUGGCCUGGGGUCUCCAAGCUCCGGGACUAUUUCGACUUGGAGAAGAAGAUUCCGGUUCGAGAUAAGUCGUUUUACAUGGUCAUGUUCCCAACGGCGGGAUCUGUGGGUGUUGACCUCCUGAUGGCCAUGCUGAAGCUGGAUCCACGAAACCGAACCACGGCCCAAGGUGCUUUAGAGCAUGAGUGGUGGCAGAUCGAUCCGAGACCGACCGAUAAGGAGAAUCUACCCAAACAAGGAGGUGGUGCUUCGAAGAUGGCCGCAGCAGAGACUGCUGCUCCUGGGGCCGUGGUGGAUGAGAACAAGUUCAAGGGUGUCGCUAAGAAAUUGGACUUCGGGGCCGCCAGAAAGUGA